GAGAGAGAGAGAGAGAGAGAGAGAGAUAAUUUUUACUUGGACAACUUGUGAACAUCGCAAGUGCAUUCAUCCAGAUCAACUGCUGAAAGGAGCAUGAUUUAAUUCCAGGAAGAAGCUUGUUGAAGACAGCAAAGAUGAUUGCCACUACUCAACAGAACAUGGGCACGGACCUGGACAUGCAUGCUUCAGCCGGUCCACCUCGGAACUGGAAGGGCAUUGCAAUCGCCAUGAUGGUGAUCGUUGGUGUUCUAUCACUGGUCAGCCUUUCAGUCAUCAUGCUCACACCUGAUGAGUCUCACCUGUUUCUGCGAUCCCGUCUCACCAUGGAGGAUCUGGAAAGUGAGAAGUAUACAGUUCACGACCCCUGUGUGACCUGGUUGGAUGAGAAUGAGGUUGCGCUCAGAACCAGAGAGGGUCAUGUCCUGUCCUACAGCCUCCACUCCAACAUCACAGCUACCCUGCUGGACAACAGCUCUUUAGAUUUGACUUACACAAAGUUCCAUGUGUCUGCAGACAAGAGGUUUGUCCUGUUGGCAUACAACAUUCAACCGGUGAGUGACUCUGGUUAUGACCAAAUAAAAUGCUCAGCAGAACCAUCUCUUUUACAGUGCCAAUCUUCAUCAAUAAUCAUACCCACUGUCAAAGCAAUUCUCCAAAGACACCAAAGAUUAUUUGAUUGCAACAAGGGUUUCACACUCACUUUCAUUGAACACAUUAGUUUUACACAGCAAUGCCACAAACUGAUUCCAGACCAUCAGAGAAAAUCAAUUGAGUCAAAUCUGUUUCCGUUUGCGACUAAUGACAGGUCUAUUUCCCAACUGCAUUGUGACUGUAGUACAAUGAUGCCAUGCAUUCUAAUCCGGCCUUUAGAGUAAAUCCCCUUAUGAAACAGUUAGAGAGAGGGAGAGAGAGAGAAAUAGGGAGAGGGAGGGAGAGGGAGAGAGAGAAAUAUGGAGAG